AUGGUCCUAUCGCAGAGAAAUUGUGAGGCCCAAGAAAAGACUAUUUUUGAAGGUUCAAUUGGAUCUAAAACUCAAACAAGUGAGCAUGCUGCUCAAGACCAAACCGAAGCCCAGCUAGAUGAUGUAUUUAAGGAAGCAGAAUAUGCUCCUGAGGCUAAAGACUUAGAGGAAGAGGGCAUUGCAGAUCCAAGUAAAUGGUGGGGUUCUGUCAAUAAUUUUUGCAGCCAAAUUAACCAAGAAGACUCUGAGGGGGGCUAUGAAGAGGAAGAUGAAUUAAGAAGCUUGCCUAGUGAUGAUGAAGAUGUGCAUCGGUCAAAAAAGUCUAACAUGGAGUUUGAUCCAAGGACUAAGCCUGAGGAGAUCAAGUUUGAAGAGGGUAUGUUGUUCCCUACUAAUGAGCAUUUAAGAAAAGCUUUGAAAGAGUAUUUUGUUACUAGUGAUAGAGAAUUCAAGUAUGUAUCCAACGAUAGUUUAAGGAUUCGAGCUAAAUGCAAGGGCAAUCGGUGUACAUGGCUUCUUUAUGCUAGAAGAAUGAGAGAUGAUGGCACAACAUUCAGGAUCAAUAAAAUGAAAGGCAAGCAUAAUUGUGGGAUUGUAUUCGAGAACAGCUUAGUAGAUGCAGACUGGAUUGCAAAACAUUACUUGGAGAAGUUCAGACAAAACCCAAACAUGAACUUCAAGUCUUACAGACAGAUGACAUCUGAUAGUAAGUACUCUAAAGUUUCCUUUUGGACUUUUUAUCGGGCUAAAAAUAAAGCUAGACACAUUAUUAAUGGUACAGUGAAAGACCAAUACGCAAUUCUUCACGACUAUUGUACACAAAUAUUAAAACUCAAUCCAGGAUUAGAUGGAUGCUUCUUGAAAGGUUAUUGCAAAGGUAUGUUACUUGCUGCAAUUGGGAUAGAUGCAAAUAAUAGUAUGUUUCCUCUUGCAUAUGCUAUUGUUGAGAAAGAAAAUACUGACAGUUGGACAUGGUUUGUCGGGCUGGUUAAAGAGGACAUAAAUGUAGUAGACACAAGAAGUUCACUUUCAUAUCUGAUAGACAGAAAGGCCUCGAGAAAGCUUUGGGUACAACUUUUGAAGAAGGAGUUUCCUGGAUUAUUGUUGAAACAAGCACUAUGGGCAUGUGCUAGAUCGACUACCUCUGAAGAGUUCAAAAGAAAAAUGAAUGACUUGAAGGAGAUUUCUGAACCAGCAUAUAAUUGGUUGAUGAAAAAGGCACCCACAGAAUGGUCAAAAUCACACUUUAGGACUUCAGUGAAGUGUGAUAUGCUCCUUAACAAUCUGUGUGAGAGCUUCAAUUCAGCAAUCUUAGAUAGCAGAGACAAAAUGAUAAUCACUCUUUUAGAGUCAAUACGUUUCUGGUUGAUGGAAAGGAUGUGCAAGCAAAGAGAUAGUGUCUCUAAAUGGAAUUUUUCUGUUGGAAAGAGGAUCUUUGAUAUCAUUGAGAAGAACAAAAAGGUAGCACAACAAUGCAUUUGCACAAAGUCAAUUGGUGGAUCAUUUCAAGUUACUUACAUAACAGGCCAAGUAUUAUCUGUUGAUUUGGAGACAAGAACAUGUACAUGUAGAUCAUUUGAUCUAACAGGUAUACCAUGUGGUCAUGGCAUAGCUUGUAUAUGGUUUUCUAAUCUUGAUGAAUACCAAUUUGUGGAUCCUUGCUACAAGAAGGAAGCCUUCAAAGCUAUCUAUGCAAAGGGUAUUGCACCAAUGCCUAGUCCUGAUGAAUGGGAGAACAAAGGGAAAAGUCCAAUCCUUCCUCCACCUGAAAUUAUAUUGCCUGGGAGGCCAAAAAAAUCAAGGAAUAGAGAAAGGGAUGAACCUCCAGCAGGUGCAAUUAAAUUGAAGAAAACGCCACAAACCAACCAGUGUUCAAACUGCAAACAACGAGGGCAUAUUAAAACUAGUUGUAAGAACCAAAAAGUCAAUCAGGAUCCUCCUACUGAGAAGAAAAGGAAGGGUCGUCCCCCCAAGAAGAAUCCAGACCCUGAAACUGUGAAGAGGAACAAGCGGAGAAUGAAGCAAAAGGCAAGAGAUGCUAGUUCAUCCCAACAACUACCUAAUGCCCAGUAG